AUGGCUGACGGUCAGAUGCCUUUCCCCUGCCACUACCCAAGCCGCCUCCGCCGAGACCCCUUCCGGGACUCGCCCCUCUCCUCGCGCCUACUGGACGACGGAUUUGGCAUGGACCCCUUCCCCGAUGACCUGACCGCCACUUGGCCCGACUGGGCCCUGCCCCGUCUCUCCUCAGCCUGGCCAGGGACCCUGAGGCCUGGCAUGGUGCCCCGGGGGCCCACUACCACAUCUAGGUUCGGGGUGCCUGCAGAGGGCAGGAGCCCCCCACCACCCUUCCCUGGAGAGCCCUGGAAAGUGUGUGUCAAUGUGCACAGCUUCAAGCCUGAGGAGCUGAUGGUGAAGACCAAGGACGGAUACGUCGAGGUGUCCGGCAAACAUGAAGAGAAGCAGCAUGAAGGUGGCAUCGUUUCCAAGAACUUCACAAAGAAAAUCCAGCUUCCUCUGGAGGUGGAUCCUGUGACAGUGUUUGCCUCACUUUCCCCAGAGGGCCUGCUGAUCAUCGAAGCUCCCCAGGUUCCUCCUUACUCCACAUAUGGAGAAAGCUGUUUCAACCAUGAGCUUUCCCCAGACAGCCAGGAAGUCACCUGUACCUGAGAGGCCAAUCUUGGCCCAUCCUUCUUCUUCCCUCCCCGGGCUUCUGUGAUUCCAGGGUACAUCACCUUAGCUGAGCUGAUUGAUUUAGUGUGAUUAACAUGUUGGCGGGAG